UGAAUGUGAUGAGUACACAAGUUACAGUUGCCUUCCACUGGCUUUCCCCUUUUUCUUUAACUAGUUUUGGACCAGAAGAAUGUGCUGCAUUUUGUUUUCUCACACAACAUAAAAGUCUGUCAAAAAAGAAAUUUGAAACAAGGAUAGAAUUUUGAUAAAUGGUUUGUUUUUAAUGAUUUUUGCAGAGGAAGACAUGAAUAUAACAAGUAAAAAUAAUUUAAAACUCAUUGGUUUUGUUUGUAAAUACACUAAAACAUGGAAUGAAUGUAAAUAUGUGCCAUUAAAAAAAAAAAAAAAGAGUGCAGCUACUCAGGAGCACUAAGAAGCAUGAACUUUAAUUUUGUUUGGGAGAUGGUAAAAACUUGAACCCUCACAGUGCACUUAUUGCAGCUUAAUGAGAAGUUUUCCUUCACUUGAAUUUGCUUGACUCUUGUACUGCUUGAAACUCUCUAGCUAUAAUAAAAUAAUCUAAACGUGGCCUAGCAGCAGCUGUGAUGCUUUGCUUUUCUUUCCCUUUUCCCCAAGCUCUGUUUCUCUCUGUGGAAGAACCUGGAUGUGUUCAUUGCCUCAGCAGCUCCCAGGGGAGCAGCCCGUGCACACAAAGUCCUGGGGGCUGCACAGAUCAGUGCAGCGCCCUGUGUGUUUCUGUUUAUCGUCUUCUGUCCCUCUGAGCAAAGAAGCACAAGGUGGCUGAGUCCUGAGUUAGCUUUAUAAUGGGGAUCAAUGCUCCUCUGUAACACAGGAUGAAAAAAUGACACUGAAGCGGUGCCGGUGCUGAUGCUCCCGUUCCACUACUUGCAAAUCUUCUCAGCCCGGUGUUUGGUUGUUUUGUGAAAUGUAACCGCGGGUUUUUCCCAGUUAACCCGCUAUUUGCCGCAAAGUGCCCGCUUUGUGCCUGCGGGGCUGCGGCGCCCCGACCUUCACCCGGCCUGGCCUUCUCCUCCCGCCGCCAGCCCGCGGAGGGCGCGGCGGUUUCUCCGCAGCCCGGCUCCUCGGCUCUGCCUUCCCGGGGGAAGCCGCUGGGAAGGGAAAAGCCCAUGGGGCCUUGGAAGGGAAAAGGCCUUGGACGCUCUCCCCAGCUGCCGGCAGCGGGGGGCCCCGGCGCGGCGGCUCCGCGGCCGGGCGGAGCGUGCGGCACCGGACCGGGCCCGGCGGCGCUUCCGGUGGCGCGGCGCCAUGGACGCCAACCUGCGCUUCUGGAGGGCGGAGGGGCAGUCUUUCUUCCAGAGGUUUCUCCUCUGGGCGGACGCCUUGGAUCCGCUGCUGCUCUUCAAGUCCUCCAAUGAAAUAAAAAGAACCAGGUUAUUAAUACAAAUCAAUGAGAAGACCCAAAAUGAACCCAUACAGAAUAAUCAGACCAAACAAGCCUUCUUGCUAAGCCUGUCCAGCGUACAUCCUGACACAGACAAGAUAAUUCCUGUUAUGUUUAGACCUCCAGCUUUCAUGCCCAUAACUCUUCCCUUGGUCAUCGUUUCAUCUGUUCAGCGCCACACAAGGCAUUCUUUUUUUUGGCAGUUUGUGUUUCACACAUACACCACAGCAUUCACUCUGAUGAAUGGAAAUGGCACCCCAAAGGCUGAAGAAUACUCACUUCAGCAAAAGCAGAUGUUGCUUGGCUUGGGAGCCAUUUUCUAUUCAGCCUUUGUUGGUGCUUUCCCUCUUGCCUUCAUGAACCGUUUUGCGUCGAAGAGCUUAUUAAUGCAAUUUGUCGUCAGAAAACUGCUGCCUGCUCCUCUGCUUGGUUUGACAAGUGCAUUUACCGUGGCGAUGGUGAGAAGCCCGGAAUUUGAUAAUGGGAUAGAAGUGAUGGACAGGAAUGGCAAGGUUAUAGGAGUGUCUAAGAAGGCUGGUGAGAAGGCUGUUAUGGAAACAGCAGUGUCCAGAGCAGUCUUGUUUGGGACAACGUUCUUCCUGCCAGAAGUGCUCAUGCACUGUGUGCAGAGAGCAAGACUUGUUAAAAAUCCUCGUGCUUUGGGUCCCGUGAGGAUGUUUGUGAUUAUGUCAGUCCUAGCAGGGAUGCUGCCAGUCUCCUUCAGUAUGUUCCCACAGUGUGGGGAGAUAAAGAGAGCAGACCUUGAACCAGAAAUUCUGUCAUCUACAGAAGAAACAGAGUUCUUCUACAACAGGGGAAUUUAGAGCCUGGCUUUUAUAUAGAAAUGUGUGCUCUGAUCCAAGUGAAUUCUGAAUGCACCACUGGCAUUUGUGACUGAAUUGUGAUUCUGUGGUGGCAAAGGUGCCAGAUCUGGUGUACAAUGGUGUGGCCUGUAAAGAGGCAGAACUUGGCAACGUGGCUUUGCCAGCCCCAGCCUGGAGGCACAUAAACACCUCACCUGAUGCUGAGAAGUGCUAGAAAAGCACUGUAACACAGCCUUUGUCACAACCUGUGUUCUGUGCUUCCUCAGAUGAUUGAUUUCUUAAUUAAAUGACUGUUAAGUACCUAA